AUGACUGGCUCAGUUACCUACAACGAUAUCACAUUAUUGAAACAGAGGAAGAAAGUCAAAAAGACGAUCAUUAAGCUUCUAGAAGCCAUAUUACCUAGCUUUUCAAGAGCAGUGGCCAAGGAACAUGAUUGGAAAAGGGGAGACAUUGGAUGUGCUCUAUUACCUUUUGGAUCAUACGCACUAGGUGGGUAUCUUAGAAAUGCAGAUAUUGACCUUAUCCUAGUAUGUCCUCAAUCCGUCCAUCGAAGGGAUUUCUUCAAACUUUUCCCACCAUUGUUAAAGCAGCAACCACAAGUAACAGGCUUAGAGACGGUACAAAGGGCCACUGUCCCUAUUAUCAAGUUUAAUAUUGACAAAAUACCUGUUGACAUUUCAUUCGUCCGACUUAGGAUUGAUAAAGUGAUUCCCAACAUUAACUUUCUGGAUGAUUCUUUAUUGAUGGAUAUUGAUGAAGCUUGUUUAGCAAGCAUGGAUGGUCCUCGUGUGAAUCAGUUCUGUAAAAGCCAGAUCAAACAACAGCAUGUAAGGCUAUUUCAGACAUGUUUACAAUGCAUCAAGCAUUGGGCAACAGAACGUGGUAUUUAUAGUAAACCCAUUGGUUAUCUCAACGGGAGUGCUUGGACCUUGUUACUCGUAAAGACGUACAUGUCAAUCAAGCAUCAGGAGGAACUGACAGUGACCUAUGUCCUACAAGAGUUCUUCAAGAUGUGGAGUCGCUGGCCAUGCCAAACUCCAGUGAUGUUAACAAAUUACAUACCUGAUAGAAAUGGUCGUAGAAUUGAGUAUAAAAAUCUUACCCAAUUUGAGGAUUCCGUCAUGCCGAUCGUUUCACCCUGUUAUCCGGUAUGUAAUGUAGCACCCAAUGUUACAAAGUCAACAAAAAAGGUCCUACAGCGAGAACUUGAGAGAGGAUAUGCUUUAUUGACCAUGGAAAGAGUAUCAGCGCAUGCUCUUAUUCAUAAACUCUUUAAUCCUAUCAAUUAUCUAGCAAGAUACAAGCAUUUUAUAAACAUUAUAACGAGUACAUCGACAAUAAAUAACCAUGAAGCAUGGACGGGCAGAAUGGCUAUUCAUAUACCAAAAUACAUUGAAAUGAUUGAAGAAGAUCCAGCUAUAAAAGAAGUUCAACCCUUGAUGAAGUCUUACGAUACCGUAGUGAAUUAUAGAACCACUGAAGAAAAGAUUGAUUUACAGAAUGGUUUUACACAAGAAGAGGCAAGAAUACACGACAAUGGUAAAAUGAGCCCAGGAGUCAUUUAUCUGACUUAUUAUCUCAUUGGCAUAACCUUUAAUACAACUCAAAGAAGUGGAUUUAACGAGCUACAGUAA